AUGGAGAAUGCGAGCCUCGACCAAAAUCUGAUUGAUCAGCCUCAGCAGCUCGCGACUCCGCUCGACUCCGACCCCGGUUCGCCUUUGCCCGCGAACAGUAACACUGCCGGCGCCCGGUCUCCCAGUAGGCCGAGUACCAGUCCCACCGCAGCAGAAGCCAGAGUGCCCAUCCCCAGACUCGGCGCUUCUGAGAGGGUUCCCAGCCACACGCGCAUUCCCCGCGCCUGCGCCAACUGCCAGAAGAAGAAGACAAAGUGCGAUAGCCGGAAACCAACAUGUGGCUUUUGCCUUCGGUCUGGCACGGCCUGCACGUACACAAAGUCAAAACGCGAAAGCCAACAAUUGCAGGUUCAAUCCCUAGAGAAGAGGCUGACUGCCUAUGAGUCUUUGUUGCGAGAUAUUGUCUCCCGAAGCGAUCAUGACCACCGCCAGACAAUUCAUGAUGCCAUCCGACAUCACUUCCAGGCGUCCCCCGAGUUCUUCUCGACCCUCCUCUCUGCACAACCGCUCUCCGGGCAGCGGAUACCGUCGCCCAGGCCCGGGCUCUCGUUGAGGCGAAUGCAUCUAGCAUGGCAGUCGAAUGAGAAAAGCAAUGCACUGGUGCUCUGUCAAGAGCCCCCGAUCAGAGUCACCUCGAUACGGCAUUGGACGUCAUUGGUCGAUGACGAUGUCGCUAGCCAUUUGCUCUCCUUUUAUUUCACGUGGGAAAAUCCCACAUGGCAGCUUAUCGACCAAGAGCUAUUCAUGCAUGAUCUAGAACACCGGCGCACGAGAUUCUGCUCCUCCUUACUCGUGCAUACACUCCUCUUUUUCGGUUGUAGUUUUUCAUACAACCUUGACCGUAUCACCGAUCGUCGAGAGGAGAAGGUGCUGGGUGAGAAGCUUUAUGGCGCUGUGCAGCGUCUUUGGCUACAAGAGAAAGAGAGCACCGACCUUCCCACGGUCCAGGCCAGCAUACUGAUCGGUCUUCUUUGCUGCACGUUUGGCAUCGACAAACUCGGCACCAGCUAUAUUAUCCAUGGAGCAGAAUUGAGCGCGAGGUAUAAUAUUGAUGAAAGUGACUGCCCUUACUUUUCCUGCGAUGGUAACGACAAUCCAACAACGAUCUCGAACUCUCAGAAGCUGGUCUCUUGGGCUAUCUUCGAUAUCCAAGCAUUAGCGUGCCAGGUGUACAGAAAAAGUUCUUCUUGCAAGGGACCUCCAGCUAUCAGGUUCUCACCAGAGGAGGCUGGAAUGUUAGAUGAAGGAGCUGGAUGGCGUCCUUAUCCGUUCGAGACGUCAGCCAUGCAGCCAUUCUUUCAUACGGCCGCGAUGGUAAGGGGCGACCUGGUCACGAUGGUCCAUGACAUCGCCCGAUUUGCUCUCAAAUUUCCUGCUUCAGCCUUAAGCAAGGAAGACUGUGACUAUGGAAGUAGCAUGUACCAGCGGCUUCGUAACUGGAAAACGAUGUUGCCAUGGAGCGUGCUCCCUGAGCAUAACAGUACACCGCACAUUAUAUGCUUACAUCUGUACUACCAGGCGACAAUUGUGUCUCUAUGCGAGAUCUUCCUCUUAAAUGCAGAUUCGACCUCGACUCUGUCCCACCUUUCCUUCAACCCUUUGCAGAUUAAGUCCCAGGCUCUGGACGUCAUCGGCUCCCUCAUCCUCUUCUACAAAUCGACACACGGUUAUAAAUCCAUCCCCAUCGUCAUGCUGCACUACUUCUGCGUGGCUGGGGUCCAUGCCGUCUCAAAGCUCCACCCAAGCGAGCCCAAAUGGGGCGCCAUCCUCGAAGGUUCAGUCCUCGGCCUCUGGCACAUGAGCCUAGGCUGGGGCCGUCUCACUAAAGCGUUCUUACGCAUCAUUGACUUGGCUCUGAAAGCCAGACGUCUUGACCGUUCCUUUAUUCCGCCCAGGGUAUCAGCCAUCUGCGACCAGCUCAAUGGGAGCCUCUGGACGGGCUUGGAUACUGUGUCCCUUGCUGCCGAUUAUAUGGUACAUCAUGAUCCAGCGGUCCUGGGCCAAACAUCCGGCGCGGGAUCUAGGCUUAAGGCGCAUGCUUUGCAGGAGCUCCUGGUGGUGAUGGAGGGCCUCACUGUCUCUCCGAGUGCGUCUGCUACGGGAUGA